UGCACCUGAAGGCAGCACUUGGGGAGGCUGGUUUGUUGACUGACUUCGGCUCCGCUGGAGCUGCGAUCGGCGAACUACAGCGGCGGCGGCGGCUAGCAACCUUGUCAGAGUUGAAGCCAUUCACUUCAUAAUGUAUGGUAACGAUACCGUAACUCCGUAGCAACACACCCCGGCUCCAGAAGAUGACCGGCCGCAGAUAAACUCCGCGUCGACCGGACUGGCGUUUUUUUUUCUUUAUUUUUGUCGUAACCGAGGCAGCGCGACGUGGUUUUUUAAGCUAGCGUUAGCUUGGAAGUUACCAGAUUGACAAGAUAGACCGCUGAAGUUCCUCCCCGACGGGGAGAUGGGUAACGCCAGGCUGACCGGAGGCGGCUCGUGCUGCAGGGCGGCGAGCUGAGCGACGACACGGCGCCGAGGAUGACAUUCUCCAGACGAAUGGCGUGUUAUCGUGGCAGCUGUCCGAAUACUGACGGGUGAAGGUGUCAAAAAGUCUCGCCCGUCCGCGGCCGCUGCGUUAGCCGAAGGAGGCUAGCAGCGAGCGAGCUAGCUAGCUAGCUUAGCUUUAGCCGCACGUCUGGCUCACAUACCAAAGUUCAAUGCGCGUUGUUGAUGGCCUCCCUGCCAGCCAUGGACACCGUGACAGACACAUUCCCUGCGGUGCACCAAAACGGGAACGCCCACCGAGAAUCUCCAGACACAAGACCAGCUGCUGCUGUUCUGAGGCUUCAUUUCUACCACAGCGGACAGGGAGGGGCUGUUGGCAGUUUCAGCUACCCACCUGGGGACUAUGUGGCUGAAGAGCUGUGCAUAGAUGCAGCCAAGGCAUGCAGUAUAUCACCUCUGUACUGCAGCAUCUUUGGUCUCUACCGAGAGCGAGACAGCUUGUGGUUUUCACCCAACCACAUCUUCCAGCUCGACGAAUCGGCUUCAGAAGAUGUGUUUUUCAGAAUAAGGUACUACUUCCCUGGCUGGUACAGUGGUGGGGCAUCCCGGGCAUAUCGGUAUGGGGUCGCCAAGGGGUCAGAAAGCCCCGUCCUCGAUGACUUUGUCAUAUCAUACCUCUUCUCUCAGUGGAGGAAUGACUUUGUGAAUGGCCUGGUGAAGAUCCCCAACUCCCACGAGACCCAGGAAGAGUGCCUCGGUAUGGCUGUACUCGACAUGACAAGGACGGCCAAGGAAAGACAGAUGUCGCCGCUGGACAUCUAUCACACUACAAGCUACAAGUCCUUCUUGCCGAAGGACAUGAGAGCUCAGAUUCAGGACUGCAACUUCUUGACGCGUAAGCGCAUCCGCUUCCGCUUCAAGCGCUUCAUCCAGCAGUUCAGUCAGUGUCGGACCACGGCGCGCGAUCUCAAGCUUAAGUACCUCAUCAGCAUGGAGUCCCUGGAGAAGGGCUUCUACACGGAGACCUUCCAGGUCAGAGAUCCGUCAAGUGGACAGCUCGUCAUCCUGGUGGCGGCAGACACUGGCAUCCAGUGGUGUCGAGAGAAACUGAAAGAUUCCGACCAGGAGCUGCAGACCUGGUGUGACUUCCCGGAUGUCACUGACAUCAGCAUCAAAUUGGCCAGCAAGGAGGGUGCUACAGAGAGUCGGGUGGUCACCAUCAACAAACAAGACGGAAAGAAACUGGAGCUGGAAUUCCCCAGCUUAUAUGAAGCGCUCUCCUUUGUGUCCCUCAUCGACGGCUACUAUCGGCUGACGUCAGACGCACAUCACUACCUUUGUAAUGAAGUGGCACCUCCGAGGCUUGUGGAGGCCAUCUCUUCUCAUUGCCAUGGCCCAAUUUCAAUGGAGUUUGCCAUCAACCGACUUCAGAAGUGUGGAAACAAGCAAGGCCUUUACAUUUUAAGAUGCAGCCCUAAAGACUUCAACAAGUAUUUUCUGACUUUCCCUGUUGAGGUUUACGACACUAUUGAAUACAAGCACUGCCAGAUAACCAGGUCUGCCAGUCGGGAGUUUAACCUCAGCGGAACCAAAAGAAACUUCAGUAGCCUUCAGGAACUACUCAGCUGCUACCAAAAGGAAACUGUGCGCUCUGACAGCGUCAUUUUCCAGUUCAGCAAGUGCUGUCCACCUAAAGCCAAAGAAAAGUCCUGCCUGCUUGUGUGCAGGAGCAACAAGGGCUCAGAAGUGCCUCUAUCUCCCUCACUACAUCGUCACAUCAAUCAAAUGGUGUUUCACAAAAUCAGGAAAGAAGAUCUGGAAUUUAUGGAGAGUCUCGGUCAAGGGACGUUUACGAAGAUCUUCAAAGGGGUCCGCAAGGAGCUGGGAGACUACGGACUCGUGCACCAAACAGAAGUUGUCAUGAAAGUGCUGGACCAGGCCCACCGGAAUUACUCUGAGUCUUUCUUCGAAGCUGCCAGCAUGAUGAGUCAGUUAUCCCACAAGCACCUGAUCUUUAACUACGGCGUGUGCGUCUGCGGAGAGGAGAACAUCAUGGUGCAGGAGUACGUGAAGUUUGGCUCAAUGGACACCUACUUGAAGAAGAACAAAAACUCCAUAAACGUCCUGUGGAAGCUUGAAGUGGUGAAGCAGCUGGCCUGGGCAAUGAACUUCCUGGAAGAAAAGCAUCUUGUCCAUGGGAAUGUGUGUGCAAAAAACGUUCUCCUGAUCAGAGAGGAGGAUCGGAGGGCUGGGAACCCACCGUUCAUCAAACUGAGCGAUCCUGGCAUCAGUAUCACCGUCUUACCAAAAGAGAUCCUGAUUGAAAGGAUCCCCUGGGUGCCCCCCGAGUGCAUCGAGGACCCUGCCAACCUGAGCCUGGCUGCGGACAAGUGGAGCUUUGGCACCACACUAUGGGAGAUCUGCAGCGGUGGGGAGAAACCUUUAGCAACACUUGACAACUCUAAGAAAACCCUGUUCUACGAGGACCGCCACCACCUCCCUGCACCAAAGUGGACCGAACUGGCCAACCUGAUUAACAGCUGCAUGGACUAUGAGCCCACGUUCAGGCCAACGUUUCGCGCCGUCAUCCGCGACCUCCACAGCCUCUUCACACCAGACUAUGAGUUGAUCGUGGACAGUGACAUCCUGCCAAACAGGACCGUGGGCUCUGCCUGGUCCACUGGGGGCUUUGAGAAUCAGGAGCCAGCUCAGUUUGAAGAGAGACACCUAAUAUUCUUACAGCAGUUGGGGAAGGGAAACUUUGGCAGUGUGGAGAUGUGUCGAUACGAUCCACUGCAGGACAACACCGGUGAGGUGGUCGCUGUGAAGAAACUCCAGCACAGCACUGCGGAGCACAUACGAGACUUUGAGCGAGAGAUUGAGAUCCUGAAAUCUCUGCAGCAUGAGAACAUUGUCAAGUACAAAGGCGUUUGCUACAGUGCAGGACGACGAAAUCUCCGUCUCAUCAUGGAAUAUCUGCCUUUCGGAAGUCUGCGAGAUUACCUCAUGAAAAACAGGGACAGGAUUGACCAUAAUAAGCUUAUACAUUACACUUCUCAGAUCUGCAAGGGUAUGGAGUACCUGUCAAGUAAGCGAUAUAUCCACAGAGACCUGGCAACGAGAAACAUCCUCGUGGAGAGUGAGCUGCGGGUGAAGAUCGGAGAUUUUGGUCUCACCAAAGUGCUGCCUCAGGACAAAGAGUACUACAUGGUCAAAGAGCCCGGAGAGAGCCCCAUCUUCUGGUAUGCUCCCGAGUCGCUGACUGAAAGCAAGUUCUCCGUGGCGUCAGACGUGUGGAGCUUUGGGGUGGUGCUUUACGAGCUCUUCACUCACAGUGACAAGAUCUGCAGCCCUCCUGCAGUCUUCAUGUCGAUGAUGGGCAACGACAAGCAGGGCCAGUUGAUCGUCUAUCACCUCAUUGAACUUCUGAAAUCAGGCAGCAGGCUGCCUCAGCCCCUGGGCUGCCCCACAGAGAUACACGAGGUCAUGGAGGAGUGCUGGGACAACGACCCCUGCUUGCGUCCGUCGUUCAAGGAACUCGCCCUGCGCGUCGACCUGUUCAGGGACAGUAAGGAGUUUUAAAGUCACCCAAAGUUCCCUGGGUGCCAAAAGGCCAAAAACGAGGUACUCCUCGUGCCCAGUGCCAGAAGCAGUUUGUGAUCCGAAGAGCGGCGGUUAAGAAACUAGGACCACGGCUCAAAGAAACUUCUGCCAAGGUGCCUUUAUGCAAGGCACUCGACUCUCAUUUUCUACUGUGGCGUGGGGGUUGGUGGACAGGAGGAGAGAAAAUGGAGGCUUGGAUGUGUCAAAAACUGUUGAAGGUGAUGUUGCUGAAAGAGAGUGAACGAGUUUGCUCAAACAUCCUGGAUAUGGUUUUUAAAAAAGAGUUCAAAUGGGUUUUUGAGACUUUGAGUAGAAUAUUACCAGACCUGAAGCUAAAGAUGCUUAUGUCAAAAAAGGUGUGUGUGUGUGUGUGUGUGUGUGUGUGUGUGUGUGUGUGUGUGUGUGUGUGUGUGUGUGUGUGUGUGUGUGUGUGUGUGUGUGUGUGUGUGUGUGUGUGUGUGUGUGUGUGUGUGUGUGUGUGUGUGUGUGUGUGUGUGUGUGUUUUGUCUUGUCUUGUCUUGUCUUGUCUUGUCUUGUCAAACAGCUAGCAGGGCUAGCUCUCGCCGUGAAGACAAAUGAACUAAUAGAGUGUUUUCUAUGUUUGUGUGAAUAUACAUACAGUAUAUUUGUGUACAUAUGUCCAGAAAUUUUUUAUAAUUUUAUAAAAUGAAAAUACCGUGAAUACUACGUUUGAGAACUGCCAGCGUGGUGUCCGUGUAAGUGAAGCACAUACAAAGGUGAUUUUAAAAAAAAUCCAUUAUUGUUUCAUGUUUUCAUCGUGAGAGGUGGUGUGAAAAUUAAAGAACAGUUAAAUGCA